AUGUCAUUUUAUGAAGAAUAUAGUGAUACACCAAGCGGAUCUUCUAUAUCAAUUUCCUUAACAGAAUCAACACCACUGCUCACAGGGAAACAUCGAUUGAGCGAUUCAACAACGAUCAGACGAGAAUUGAAAUGGCUCCUGCGUUAUUCUCUACCUAUCAUCGGAACCUAUCUACUUCAAAAUUCAUUUCAGCUAUCAUGCAUUCUUACACUUGGCCAUUUGGGACCUGUAGAACUAGGUGCAUCUGCUUUAGCCUUCAUGUUUGUCAACGUUUCAGCUUGGAGCAUUGUCUACGGCGCAACAACGGCUCUAGACACACUGUGUUCUCAAGCAUGGACAGGUGCGCAAAACAAAACUGUUUUAGGAACACAUUUACAGAGAGCUUGUUUGGUACUCGGAGUGUUAUUUAUACCCAUAGCUAUUACUUGGUGGAAUGUAGAAUGGAUCAUGGUGAGAUUUCAUCAAGAUCCUGAAUUAGCUCAUCUCACAGCAUUGUUUCUAAAGUAUCUUUUACCCGGUGUUCCUGCUUUUAUGGGCUUUGAAGCCACGAAGCGAUACCUUCAAGCACAGAGUAUUAUGCACGCAUCAACCUACGCUAUGCUUGUAACGGUCCCCUUUAGCUUUAUGCUAAACUAUUUAUGUGUCUAUCCAUUCGGAUUAGGAUUUAUCGGUGCUCCUAUUGCAACUAGUGCAAGUUAUUGGUUGAUGUUUUUAGUGUUACUAGGGUACAUUCGAUAUGUUCAAGGUAAAGAAGGUUGGGGAGGAUGGUCUAGGGAAUGCCUGAAGGGCUGGGGACCUCUUUUACGACUGGCAUUCAGUGGUAUUAUCAUCAUCUGUACCGAGUGGUCAGCAUUUGAAAUCUCAUCGCUCGCUGCCAGUUACUUGAGCACAACACACCUUGCAGCUCAAAGCAUUCUGCUGACUCUGUCAUCUGCCACCUAUACAGUACCCUUAGGCAUCUCUACAGCAACCUCGAAUCGUGUAGGUCAUGCUCUGGGAGCCAGUGAUGGAUACGGAGCUAGAACAGCCGCUAUAGCUGCCCUCUUGUUUGCCAUCUCAUUUGGAUGCAUCAACUCCCUGUUUUAUCUAUGUACACAUUCGUACAUUGGCCGAUUAUUUUCAUCUGACCCAGACGUUGUUGACCUGGUGAGCCAUGUUUUGCCUCUCUGCGCUGUCUUUCAAAUUGCAGAUGGUGUUGCAGGUACAGGAGGGGGUAUCAUUCGAGGGCUAGGAAGGCAGAGUGUUGCAGCUUGUAUUAAUAUAGUUGUCUAUUACCUGGUCGCACUGCCCAUUGGGUUCUACUUGACCUUUCAAUUAUAUUGGUCCUUGAUAGGUUUGUGGAUAGGGUUGACAACAGCCCUGUUUUUAGUAGCAAGUAUUGAAGUCAUCUUUUUAUUUAAUGUGGACUGGUUUAAUGAAGUCAAGAAAACUCAGGAGCGAAUGAGAAGAAAGAAUUGA